UCUCUCAGUCUGCGGCCGAGGAAUCCCAGGCAGCGUUUAAUUGCAGAGUGCAAAGGCUUUAGUUGGGCUAAUGAGCUCAGUACCGGUGCUGGGACUCUUUCACGCACUCUCUGAGAGAGAGAAACCCGUAUGGAGUCUUUUACCGGAGGAGCCUCACAAGGCGGCUGGAUUUUAGGUGGAGGGGAAAGAAGGAAUUCAUAAAUUCAGGUACAGCCGAUUAUGUGAGAGAAUAUACCAGAGGCAAGAGACUGAGUAAGAGGUGGAGUAAGAGAGGAGAGCGGGAGAGGGGAGGGGAGGAAACGGGAAAUACACAGCCAGAGAGAGAGAGAGAGAAAGAGAGAGAGAGAGAGAGAGAGAGAGAGACCAGAAGCCUGCAGCAGCAAAUGAGACAGAACAACGAGGCGGGAGAGGUAGAAAGAGAGACAGAGAGGGAGGGAGGUGGAGAGGGGCCCCGUGUAGGAGAGAGGGCUACAGGGUGAGGAAGAAGAAGGAAUAGAGAAAAAGUUAGGAGAAGUAGGAGAAAGAGGGUCCAGUGGAAAGAAAAGAACAGGCGCAGAGAUUAACAACUACAGGAGAGAAGAAGAAGGGAAACAACAGGCAGGAAGGAAGGGGAGGGAGAAGUCUUGGGUGGAAAGGGAAAAAAAGAGCUGAAGAAAAGUUUUCUUGUGGGAAGACGCAGAUGAGGAAAACAGAGCGAGUGAAUGACUGGGCUGGAGAGAGCAGGGACGGGAGGAAUCCAGUUGUUUUCUAAGGCGUUUUCCACACAAGCCUCUGGACUUCUUUGGACAUGUACACAGAAGGCGCACAAACAACGGGACACCACCGAUUUCUUCAGCACAUCAACACCUCCACUCCCUGCCCCUGCCAGCACUGCGUCCACUAUGAGCAGCCAGUGUAUGGCCAUCACGGUGGGCUGGGAUACCAUCCAGCAUCAGCCAGACCGACAGACCACCCAUCUCUGGACUGCAGGAGAGACAUCCAGGCUCCUUGGGUUAAAGACGUAGGAGAGAGAGCUUUCGUAGUGGACAGAGCUGAGAGAAGUGGUCAUCGCAGCCCACAGAGGAGGCCUGUGUUCACAGGGCAGGGCCCUUACAGCCAGUCAGAUGACUUGAGCCAAGUUUGCCCCUGGGAGUUGAACCCUGCCCAGUGGAGCUACCCGCCGGAGCCUGGGGUGAGACACUACCCGUCUGUCAGAGAACAGUGUGGCUGUGUGGUGCGCAGCGACACCAGGGCACACCCCUUUAACGCCGGGAUACCACAUCCUCUCCCACAUCUUCAGAUCAAAGGUCAAGGGUACAGGCACAGGAGGACUGUCAGGUAUGUCUCUGUGGAUGAGGAGGAGGAAGGUUGUGGAUGCACCUCUGAGAACUAUCAUUUGGAGCCACACAAUCCCCAUCAGGGUCAUUUACACAUGCCAAAUGGCCACUGUGGACUGAGGCCUGUGUUCUUUGAGGGAGGGGAGGAAAGAGAUAACCAUCAGGACCGGGACAGACUAAAGGGUAGAUCAGAGGAGGGCUGUAAUGGACGUGGUAGUUCUCACAAAGGUUUCUUCCCCACUGAAGUCCCACAAAAACACUUGAACCAAGGCAGACAGAGGGGGCCCUGCGUCCCUCCCUCUGGCAUCACCAGUUCAGAGCCCUCAAAAUUGACAACCAACAAUGACCACCAGUGGCAAGGUUCGGAGGUGGUGAAGCAAAAGAGGAGGCAGGAUUUGGUGAGGGAUCAAAUCAGACAAGUGGUGACAGAUCUGGAGGAUGUGUUGGGGGGUUUAAAGCAAGUUCACGUGGAGAUGAAAGAGGUGGUCAAGCAGAUCGAUCGUCUCACAGCCAGUAUCGACCUCAGUGAGGAGGUGCCCUGCAUCACUCUGGGGUCGUCCAGUAACUUUCACAGCUCAACUCAUCCAGGUGACCUCAGGGUGGCCCCGCUGCCCAAUCACAAGCCUGCUCCAGCCCAGGUGACGCAACACAUUAAUGAAGACCGCAUCAUCUUAAGAACUAACUCUCCCUCCCCCGUUCACAUGGCAUCGGUCGUCAAAACCAGCUGCUUCACCCCAUCCAGCCACAAUAAGGACAUCAACCAUGAAAGGCCAGGUGUGAACGGCCACCCGCCUCACCUGUAUCCCCCCAGAGAUUCCAACCACAUCGGCCAAACUCAUUCUGAGCCCCACCCACAGAGCCUAGACCCUAAGGUCAUUAUUGGUAACAGCAACUCCAAUUCAAGAACUCAGAAGCCUCCCCUGUACCCUCAAAACGGUCGGUGUGUGAAGGGCCCGUACCCACCUCCCAAGCCCGUGAGGACCCCUGCCUACCCCGGGAGAGGCCGCCAGAGCACCAGCAUGGUGUGAAGGAGGGGGGUGGUCUACCCCAGUGCCAUGGGGGGCCUGAAACAUGAGACCCUGCUGCAGCGAGUGGAGGUCAGAGUGGGACCAGGCAGGGGAACAACUCAUGUGUAACUUAGUCAUCACUUCGAAGGAACUGAGAGUUGGCAGGAACUCAGCCAUUUUUGGCUAAGGAAGACCCCACAGCCGCUUGACUCCAAUCAUGUGACACAAAAGAGGCAUCAUUAUAUUUACAGGAUGAUCAUGGCUCUGACUCAGAACUGGCAUAAUUUACUGCUAGGGGUUGAUGAGGAGGAACUAAACCUUUCGUCUCAGCCACAGUCAGAUGUGUCAUUACUGACUGUGAACUAGAAGCAGACUUAAUAACAAGAUGACAUCUGUGAAAAAGUCCCUCCAGCAGAGGGGAAUAUUAAAUACAUACAGAGCUGAUGCCACUGAGACAAGCUGUCAGCCGGUGGAAACAGAGCACGGCCUGAAGGUGGGGAUGUUUCCAAAGGGAAAACUCCCCCAAGAGUCGACCCGCAGCUGUAUGUCACACGAGCACAGAAGCAUGGAGGAGUGGCAAUGAAACCUCUCUGACAAUUUCUGCUUUUGCUGUCACUGGUGAUGUAGGGGCAAAUAAUGAGAAAGAUAAACUGUGAUAAACUGUUACUCAACAACCAAUGGAAACAAAAACGUGUCUUUUCAUGACAGUGUUAAUUUAUUUAUACUAUUUUUUAUUGCAAAGAAAUCUAUUUUCAGGCAGCUUACACCAGUUUGGAUACUACCUAACCUAAUGUAUGCUAUAUUAAGAUUUAUAUCAUCUAAAACUACAGAUAUUUUACAAAUAUCUGUGUAAGUAUAUAAGUGUGUAAGAAGAAUAAUCAGCAUGGAGACAGGAAAGCUGGAAAGGCAGAGCUGAGAUUAAAUUGCAAUACAAUACAUUCUUCUGCACUUUUCUCAUACAAAUAAAGCUGACAUCUCAAUUAUCUAACUUUAGCGAUGUUGCAUUGACCGCAGAAUGUCCCACAUUUGAACAUGAAAUAAAAUAAAUUAUACCAGCAUUUCAUUGCCCCUGACUCUGGGAACUGAUUUAUGCAUCCACUGAGUCUGAUAGAAGUAUCCCAAAUGGUUGUGGAAGCUGUAGAAAUACUUCUUGGGCUCAUCUGGAGAUGGCAGUUUGUGUUCUCUCAUGGCCUUAUUCUGUCAGGGCGUCCCGGGCCAGUCAGGGCAGCGUCUGUGUCUCUUGUUUGUUUAAAUCUUGUCUGAGACUUUCACCUCUCUGCUCUCACAAGCUACUGCUGCUAUCAGAGCACGUCACUUCCCUCUGACAACUAAUAUAAUCCAUCCACCUCACAAAACAUCCCUCACUCCGUGUCUCUCUUUCUGUCUGUAUCACUGAUGGAGAGCUAUGGUGACUGAUGGAGGAUGACACAUGCAAACUGUUAACUGUCCUGGCCACUUUGUCACUCACUGUCUGUGUCUGCAGCCUACAGCAGUUAAGAGUAAUUGUGUUUUAAUGGCGAGUCAGAGGUGAGGUUGUGAAGAGUCGAUAAGCAGCUGAAGGUUAGAUAGAUGGGCGAGGUCAGAGUGCCAGAGUCCAUUAUUACUUGUCAAGAGCAACAUUCAAAAAGAAAAAUGUUUUUCUUUUUGGCCCCCUGAGUAUCCUAUUCUAUCAUGUUUUGAUACUAGUAUAAGACUAGGGCUGCAACUAAGGAUUAUUUUAAUUGUCAAUCAAUUCGCCUAUAACUUUUUUUCAGUAAUAUAUAGUAUAGACAGUAUAAUAUGUCAGGAAAUGGUGAUAAAUUCCAAUCACAAUUUCCCAGAGCUCAAUGUGAUACCAAAAUCCCAAAAUCAGGGCCAUGUAGCUACCACUGAGGACACUGCCCCCCUACUGUUGCUACGCCUGUCGAGCUUUCCAAUUUAGCACUGCACAUAUGCCGUUUAUGAUAACGGGCAUAGUAAUUUUUGAAACAAUACGUCCUUGAUUUCAGACAAAGGUAGACAAAAGCAGUCUUGUCAUUUCUAACCAGCAACUGUCAACUUUGCGGCUGUCACUGGUAAAUUUUAUCAGUUGCAUAGCUAACUAGCUAAAUAAGCUAACGUUCCAAUUAAGCUAACGUUCCAUUACGCUCCAUGAGUUGAAUGAAAAUGUUGUCUCCAGCUUUUUAACGCUUCAGCUGAUUAGUUUUAUAACAUGAACCAUGUAAAAAAAUCUUAAAGUGGCUAUAAUUGAUAUUUUUUGUAAUGUAUGAAAUGACAAGGGGUAGCUGGUAUUGAUGAACCUAUCAAGAUAAUUAUCACCUGAACCUGCAGCUCCCCUGUGCGUUACAGAGCUUCAUCGUUUCCUGCCCGCAACCUUACUGUUUUGGUUCACUCCCACUGCUCUCAUGGUGUUGUUUUUGGCUGCAGCAGGCAGCUGUUUUCAGCAAAAAAGCCACUGUACACUACCUGCUCAGCACCAAACAGCAGACAGACACAGUUUGCAGUUAAAGAGCCAGAUAUUUCCCUCAGGAGUUGGUAGAGACCAAAUACAGAGCUAAAAGAGAGUGAGUACUGGACUACAUUCAUCCGGUGGCUAAAAACAUGACUCCAAAUAAAUGAUAAUGUUGCUCCGUAACUACUGGGUGUGUGAAUAUGCAGCUGUUUGCUAACAAGUUCACCAUAUCAACUUAAAAGGUGAUGAUAUGUCAAUGUUGUGUCCACAGCUUGUUUCUGCUGCCCCCAAGUGGCAAAAAAAAUCAGUUAUUGCAGGUUUAAAUAUGCACUUGAUAGCUACAUACAUGGUAUUAUGCUAAAAGAUUGACGCUAAAACUGUACGUCCCAGGCAAAGAGUCAGCACCAGUUGAUGAUCCAUGUAAAAGACAUUAAAAUAAAAGAGCAGCAGUGUUCUUGUAUUGAAGGGGAGCGCUAGAUAGCCCUAGUAUUAUAGGACAAUACUAUAAAUAAACAUUUAAUUUAAAUAUUUUUCGUUCUAACAGAAAAACAUACUUUGACAAGCAGUUAUAAUUUUGCUUUGUUUCUGUUUUAAAAUGGUUGCUGUAUUUUUUUUGGUAUUUGAGUUAUGAGGACUAACCAAUGUGCCUGACAAACGUAACACUGUCUCAGGUAAUGAGUUUGGUUUGAGUUGCUGGAGUGUAAACUUCCCCAAACCAAAUAAGGAGAAAGACAAAGAUGAUUAUGAUUAUUGACACUGUAGGUAGUAAGCUAGUUAGCCGGCAUGCUAACAUUUGCAGCUUACGUUAGAGCAGAUAAACACACAGUUUAAUUGAUUCCUUACACUUUUGCUCUUGUGUUUUUGACUUUGGAAAGGCUAGAGAAAGACACCACCCUCCAAACUCUUUAUAUACACAGUAUCGCUCUACAGCUCCAUGCACACUGCUUCAACAUGUGGAGAAAUCAAAGUUUUGACAUGGUCGAUGGUCCAUAUGUCAAAAAUGACAUAAACUGAUGGUGCCAAUCCCCCCAUUAAUUUAUAUGACUUGUGCCUGUUUAUUCUGUCAGAUCUGUACUUUUAGGUGCAUUGUGUGUUUAUAUACAUGUGUGUGUUUUAGGUUGCAGGCGCCAUAUCAAAUACCUGUACUUGGUGAAAUAAAGCUGAUUUAAAUUUUUA